ACAUUUGACUCAACGUAAAUUGUAUAUCUGUUAUAGUACAUGAUUGAUAAAUAUUAUAUUGAUCAAUACUGAUUUGGCUUAAAAUUAACAAUUUACGUAGUUAAUGUGAAAAAUAGUUUAUUUAAAUCAAAGUUAAAUUAUAAAAGUCACCAAAAUUAUUAAGGAUGAAAUGAGCAAUUUUCUAAAGAGGAUAGUAAGCCGACCAAUUAUAACUGAAACUAUGAAGAGAAAGAGAGAGCUUCAAGUCCACUAAAAGUUUAGAAACAUCAUCUAAAUCUCAUAGAGAUGAGAACUAUCUAAAGAGAAAACCUUUUUCCAUCUCCCAAAGACCAUAGACCCAAGUACAGAAAGACCAACUUAACAGUGUCAUAGACGCAAGUACAGUCCCAAUUAGACCUCCACCUUUUCCCUUCCUAGAGACUCUAAGAGCAGGUGCAUUGGUUCAGUUCUAUCCAAAUUUCUCAAGGUAAAUAUUAAUAUAAAAACCAAAAGUAAGAAAAAAUCUAUCACGGAUUUAAUUUUAAUUUUACCAAGUUUUAACGGAUUUAAUUUUAAUUACAAAACUGUUAUGCACUAAAAUAUUAAUAAAUUAAUGUUCAGAGAUUCAAUUUAAAAAACCUAUCACUAAUGAUGCUCUAACUGAACUUCUGUAAGAUAACGGCGUCCCGAAAAUUAUAGCACGACAAAGUCAAAUAAUACCGAAUAGAUUUCCUCAUUUUAUUUCCCUUGUGUUUCAAAAAAAAAAAAGAAAAUCAUUGUAUUCCCCCUUCCCGUGGAGAAAUAAACCCUAAACCCUCUUCUCCAAGUCUUACAGCUUCUUACGAAUCCCACAGUUUAACUCUUCUCACAAAGACCGAUUCCUGUCAGACUCUGUAGUAAACUAAAAACCACACCAAGAUUCUUGUGAUGAAAAUAGCACACGCAUACGUACAUAUGCGAGCCGAAUGAUCCAGAGAUCAUCUCUCCCUUCCUUGGCGUCAAUCGAAACCCUCUUGAGGCUCUGCAAAUCUGAGGUCCAGCUUCGUCAACUCCAUGCCAGAAUCAUCCGUAAAGGUCUUGAGCAAGACCAGAACCUCGUCUCCAUCUUCCUCUCGUCUUCUUCUUCUUCGUCCUCUCUUCCUUACUCAUCCUCUGUUUUCGAGCGUGUUCAUCAUCCCUGCACUCAUCUCUGGAACUGCUUUAUCAAAGGAUACUCUAAUAGGUUUAUCUUCUUUGACACGGUUUCGCUUCUUGUCCGUAUGAUGAGAGCAGGCUUGGCUCGACCCGAUGAGUAUACUUUCCCUUUGGUUAUGAAAGUUUGUACUAACAAUGCGCAGGUUCGUGUUGGUUCAUCGGUUCAUGGGUUGGUUCUGAGAAAUGGGUUUGAUAAAGAUGUGGUCUUGGCCACAAGUUUUGUCGAUUUCUAUGGCAAAUGCAAGGAUUUAUCGAGCGUACGUAAGGUGUUUGGUGAAAUGCCUGAGAGAAAUGCGGUUUCUUGGACUGCUUUGAUCGUAGCGUAUGUGAAAUCUGGAGAGUUAGAGGAAGCGAAGAAGAUGUUCGAUGUUAUGCCUGAGCGUAAUAUUGGAUCUUGGAAUGCUUUGAUCGAUGGGUUUGUCAAGUCCGGAGAUUUGGUGAAUGCUAAGAAGUUGUUUGACGAAAUGCCAAUGAAAGACGUAAUUUCAUAUACCUCCAUGAUUGAUGGAUAUGCUAAAGGUGGUGAUAUGCGUUCGGCUCGGGUUUUGUUUGAGCAAGCGAGUGAUGUUGUUGAUGUUAGGGCAUGGUCAGCUUUGAUAACGGGUUAUGCGCAGAACGGCCAGGCGAACGAGGCUGUGAAGAUGUUUUGUGAAAUGUGUGAGAAGAAUGUCAAACCUGAUGUGUUUAUAAUUGUGAGUUUGAUGUCAGCUUGUUCUCAGAUGGGUAGCUUUGAGUUAUGUGAGCAGGUUGAUACUUAUCUGCAUCAGAGCAUGGUGAAGGGAUUUUCUAGUCAUUAUGUUACACCUGCUUUGAUAGACAUGAAUGCCAAAUGCGGCCACAUGGAGAGAGCAGCGAGACUGUUCGAAGAGAUGCCUAAGCGGGAUCUUGUCUCGUACUGUUCGAUGAUGGAAGGAAUGGGUAUUCAUGGGUGUGGAGGCGAAGCUGUUCGGCUGUUUGAGAGAAUGGUAGAGGAAGGUAUUGUUCCCGAUAGUGUUGCCUUCACUGUAAUAUUGAAAGUUUGUAGCCAAGCUAAGCUUGUUGAGGAUGGCUUAAGGUACUUCGAGUUGAUGCGAAACGAAUAUUGUAUUGUGGCAUCUCCUGAUCAUUAUUCCUGUGUUGUAAGCCUUCUUUGCCGGUCAGGAAAGCUUAAAGAAGCCUAUGACCUUAUUAAAGCCAUGCCUGUGGAACCUCAUGCUAGUGCCUGGGGUUCGGUUCUGGGUGGUUGCAGUGUGCAUGGAGAUUCUGAGAUAGCUGAAGUAGUUGCAAGGCGGCUCUUCGAGCUUGAGCCGCAAAGUGCUGGUAACUAUGUGCUUUUGUCAAACAUGUACGCAGCUUUAGACCGGUGGGCAGAUGUAGCUCUUGUUAGGGAUAAGAUGAAAGAGAAUGGUAUUAAAAAGAUUUCUGGUCGAAGUUGGAUAUGUCGAUAAGCACUACUUGGCAUCUAACCGUGUCAAUGGAAGUCUUUGCUUAACUUAAACAAGACAUUCAAGCAAAAGGACCUAAAGUAGUUCUAUCAUUUAUAGCACUGAUUUCUUGUUUGUAAAUAUGUUUCACUUCUUUUGAUGAAGUCAUUUACUUAAACAGAAACCCGCCUGAGACAGCACUGCGUCCAA